CAGAGAAGUCCUCAUUAGAUGGAGAUAAAACAGCGUAACUGUGACCAGGGAAUUAAAUCGUCUACGAUAUAAUUCCCUGCUGUGACUGACUCCAGAUUAAACCAAGACAGAAUAACACCAACUGCCUAAUCGUUAGGCUGCUAUUUAUUACGCUUCUGUGUGGAUCGAUGCACGCUCUCAUAGGAAAGUCGACAAGCUGAAGCAUCACAGGCGUUGAUGCUUAUUCUUGUGACUCGUGUUUUUAUCAUGAGAACAUUAUAUACUUUGCGCUUAAUGCAGUAGCAACAGCUUGAAUGUACAACCAUGGAAAAUAGUUCAGCUCUUUCCACCAACAAUACCAGACUUUUAUCAACGCCAUUUGAAGUGGGUUUUCUAAAUUAUUCUAGUCAGCUAAACGAAACUUGUUCAAAAUUAGACAACGCUACAACACCAGAGAACCCACUUUAUGUUUUGAUAUACGUUUCGAUAUUCUAUAGCGUGAUAUUUUUGUGUGGAGUAGCAGGCAACGGACUGGUCCUUUUUGUACUCUGGCGUAACAAAGAUAUGAGGAACUCGACCAACUUGCUUCUUGCUAACCUCAGUAUUGCCGACUUGUUUGUCCUUCUGGUGUGUAUGCCGACAGCUAUAGCCGAGUUUUACUGCAAAGAAGUAUGGUAUCUUGGAGAGGCCAUGUGCAAGCUGAUUCCUUUUCUGGAGACAGUGGUCAUUCAUGCUUCCAUGCUGUCUAUAUUAGUUAUAAGCGUGGAACGAUAUUACGCUAUUUGCAAGCCGCUGCAUGCUGAUCAACGGUGCACAACAAGAAAGACAGGCAAGAUUUUGGUAGGAAUCUGGAUUUGCGCCAUCUCUGUGACCACGCCCUUCUUCGCUAUAGCGAAAGAGCGAGAUGCCUGGUUGGGUGAUACCCCAGUAAAAGUAUGUUCAACUUCGAUCGAUGAAUACUGGAAGAAGAUCUACAUCGUCACUGUGAACGUGGUGCUCUACGCUACUCCUGGUCUGUUGUUGAUUAUCAUCUACGCCAUGAUAUGCCGAAGCCUGAUGGCGGACAGAAAGAACGUGGUGGUUGGUACAUGCAGACCUAGAGGAGAAAGAGUCGAUACCCUUUGA